AUCAAGCCUGCCCGUUGGUAACUGCUGAGCGGCGUGCUGAGAGAGAGGAGCGGCCCGGCGGCGCUCAGUCAAACCGACGACCACAAGAAAAACACCACCCGAAACAACUCACCGAGCCCGCGACGCGCCGCCAUGCCGUGUCGGAAGGAGAACUACAUCUUUCUGGAGCAGUCCGUCACCGUCGACUCCAAAGAAGUGGACGCGCUGGUGACGAAGAUCGGCGAGGCGCUGCAGCUCCACAACAAUAACAGUGGCGGCGGGAUCCAGAAGACGGUGUCCGUGUCCGUGUCCUGCCUGCACGGGCUCACCGGCGGCGGGAACCCGGCGGCUGUAAUCAGCGGAGGAGGAGGAGGAGGAGGUGCGGGAGCUCCGGCGCAGAGGCGCCACGGCUGCUGCAUGAGGCUCCGGAACCACCGGGGGAGCAGCAGCAGGGCGAGCCCGUACAGCGUGCCCGGUUCUAACGGCGACCGGGACUGGGACCAAAUCAAACCGUGGCACAAGAAGAGGAUUGAGGCGGAGGAGGACGACCCGCACCGGCUGCUGCAGGAGCUCAUCCUAUCGGGCAACCUGAUCAAAGAGGCCGUGAGGAGGCUGCAGUUCUCCGCCGCGGAGUGUGGAGAUUUCCCCAAGGCGGUGGACAAUGUGCCGAGCUGAUACCGGAGCGGGCGAGCCGGGGUCCGACCCCCCCCCCCCCCCCGUAUGGACACGCAAACUGACUGUUUUAGCGUUUAGUAGCUACGUGUAUUUCCUAUUCCGUUUGUUACUCUGCGGUUAUUUGGCCACCCGGCUGAAUGAGCCGUGUUGUUUUGCUAGCAGUUAGCCUAGCCAGCUAGCCGCCGGGCUAAAGGGCCGUGUUGUUUUGCUAGCAGUUAGCCUAGCCAGCUAGCCGCCGGGCUAAAGGGCCGUGUUGUCGAUGUUUGAAUGUCUCCUGGUGGGGGGAGGCGGGGGUUCAAACCAUCGACCUUUAACCGACCGUUUCAUUGAUAAACAAAUGGAGAUAUUUCGUCCUUUUUCAAAAGCUAAUCUCGUGUGAUUUAAGAUCAAAACACAACAAUAUGUUUGUGUGACGUUAGUUCUGUGAACAAUGGGGCUGAUGAAUGAACGAGUCAGUGAACUGAGACCGGAAGUGGAAGCUUAUUCAUUUAUUUACCACUUUGUCCCCUAACCGUCCUGGGGGGAAGUAAACCAUUUAUUUUACAAUCUCAUGCUGCUGCACAGAGAAGAGAGGAAGUGCCCCCUUCCAUACUCCUCCAAUUCCACUUUGUUGGGUAGUCCGUUAACUUUACCCAGACUAAUCUCAUCUAUAUAUAUAUAUAUAUAUAUAUAUAUAUAUAUAUAUAUAUAUAUUAGAGCUGGGGGGUGGUAAUGUUCUUUUUGGACACUGUGGUGCUCGCUCACCUUUUGGAAUUGUGACUGAGGGGUUGUGUUUUUGCAUUUGUUUCUUCUCUGUGUAAAAGAAAUCAGCACGACUGCUUCGUAACGAAGUUUCCGAUAAUGUUCCUGAAUAUUCAGGCUACUGUUUUUUUGUUGUUCUAAUAAACUCAUUCUUGUUUUUCCAAAA